GCCAAAUAUGUGGUUUUAUACAAAUAGAAGUAGGUAUAACCUAUAAUAUUUGCUAUUUGCAGUCAAGUUCUUUUGUACCUGGAGUUGGUGCUAAAGAAAAACAGACUUGAAAGGAAAAAAAAGUUACUUCAGGAGGAAGAUGUUUUUGUAUAUUUCCAAGACGGUAGAUAUGCACUAGCUAAUGUCCGAAAAUGGAUGGUACGGUACUUUGUUAACUGAGAGGGGUAUAACAAGGGGAGAAGUUAGGCGUUUGUUUUCUCCAGCAAUACUGAGAUUUGACAGAUACUACAAAACAAAGUACAGAGAUGACUACAGGGUUAUAUUACAAUAUUUCACGAUGACACACCGUCGUUACUUAUCAGCGUCAAUGGAUUCGACCAAACAGAAGUCUCUGAUUUGGAUAACGUAUUGUGAACAAAAUGCAAUUUUUUUUUUCAUGUUAGGGCAUUCUUGGUCUUGGGACCCGUCGGCGGGUAUGUGCAAGCGGGACGCCGCACAUCAAACUUUUGCAGGAACAAACAAUUUUUUUAUUUUUUUGGUGUAAAAUUCCUCAAGAAACAAACCCAGGGGAGUUUGAAUGGAGAAAAAAUAGCUAAGGAGGGCUGAUUGCUUACUAUCAGACCACUUCCAGAGAACUACACUUCUCCAUCUCGCUAAGACCUGGACUUUCCAGAUUGAAAUUCCGAUGUUUCACUCAUCUUAACAUAUGAUCAGUCACUAUGCAAGAGUGCAAAUUCCAAAAAAAGAAAUUUUUAACAGGGAAAAUAAAAAAACACCAUUGCGGUGUUUCGUACUUGUGGUACAUGAACCAUAAGGCAUUCUGGAAACCUUUCCACCACUAAGAAUCUGCACCGACAAAGGCGCGUUGCGAACCCUGGCGGUUCCGCGAAAAUUAUAAGCUGAUGGCAAUGAGGCUCAUCACAGGGCCGGUACUUCUAGAUGAACCGCUGCAGGAAUGAUUACAAAUGUUGGGAGAAGCUAAACCUUACGACCUAUUGUUCCGAGAAUGUAGAUGCAACUUGGAAAGAUAACGAUUUUUAGAGUUGCUAGCCGUUCCCCGAUUGAGGAAAAAAUAGCCCCGGACAAACCUAGGGUUUACGGAUUGAAUGGCUGCGAAAGAAAGAUGAUUGCUUUGACAUUCUGUUUGACAUUUGUUUGUUUUCUUUCCCGUCAUGAAUUUCUUCUUUUAUUGUCCCACCGCCAG